CACCCACCCACGUGCUAAAAUGGCUGAUGCAAGGAUCUUGUUGCCUGUGAAAUAACGACAAAUUGACUUUAUAAAUGUCCAGUUAGCUUUACAGGGAAAGAGAGAUAUAUAUCAUACGUUAUUAGUAUUAAAUGGACGAGGCUCUGCUGAGAGGAUUGUUUGAUGGCUGCUCCCAGGAAGAGAGACAAUUGACCACAAAAUACUUUAUACACUUGCAGAACACGCCUGGGUCCUGGAAGACCGCCAUUGCUCACUUCAACCAGAGUCAUAAGUGUGAUGAUCGUGUUCUUUUCUUCUGUUUACAAAUACUAGAGCAUCACGUUAAGAUGAGACACGCUGCCAGUAGCAACGAGGAUGUUGUUCAGUUUAGGGAGACUGUUCUUUCGUGGCUUCAUGCCUCAUCAAAUGUACACAAUUUGAAACCUUUUGUGAAGAACAAGAUGGCACAGAUUCUGUCUCUGACAGUCAUUACUGACUAUCCACAUAAAUGGCCUCAGUUUUUCAACAAUGUCCUCUGUCUUCUUGGUGGUCAAGACUCCGCCUUAAACUCCUCCCAAUCGUCCACCAUUGAUAUGUACCUGCGUACACUGUUGGCUAUUGAUAAUGAGAUUGUUGAUAGAGAAGUCAUUCAUACUCAAGAGGAGAAUGUUAGGAACACAGUCAUUAAAGAUCACAUGAGGGAUAACUGUGUACCUCAGCUGGUGGAAUCAUGGUUUCAGAUAUUAUCCUGCAGUACUGCUCCUAUUGAUCCCGACUUGUUGUGUCAGACAAUGAAUGUGAUUGGUUGCUAUGUCUCUUGGAUUGACAUUACACUUGUUGCUAAUGACAGAUUUGUAGGGUUGUUGUUGCAGUAUUUGUCAGUCAAUGCUCUUAGAGAAAGUGCUGCUACUUGCCUUAGGGACAUCAUUAAUAAAGGAAUGGAGCCACUUUCUAAACUUGAGUUAGUCAAUUCUCUUGUGAAGCUACUAGAAACCAAUGGAAUCCUGGAUACCCAAAACACAUUGAGCAAUGAUGAAGAGAGUGUUGAAUUUAGAGUCAAAAUGGCCGACCUUGUCAACAGCAUCGGGUCUGCCCUUAUAUCCUGCCAUCAAAAAUUAAUUAAAGGUGAUGAUGAAGCUCAUGCCCUCCUAUCACUUGUGUCUAUUCGUCACAAUGUUCCUUAUUUGCUGAGUUACCUUACCGACGAGGACGAUGGUGUGUCCGAGAAUGUGUUAGGAUUUGCCACUCAGUUCGUGUCCGUUCUAAAGCACCUUCCUUAUCUUGCUGAUGAUGACAAGCAAAGUCUGCAGGCUCUUUUAUCAGCUGUUGUCCUUAAACUGAAAUAUGAUGAGAGUUAUAACUUCCAUAAUCCUGGAGAGGAUGAAGGAUUGUUCAUGGAGUUUCGUUCAAAAUUACGAACACUUUUUGACAACAUCAGCCAAGUGGACCCAUCUCUUGUUAUUACUGUAUCACAGUCACUGAUAUCUCAGUGUUUAGCUGAUAUUGAUAAUCAGUCGUUUCCUGAUACUGAGGUAUCCUUGUUGCUCUUUCAUUACAUCAGUGAGCACAAUUUUGAGAAGUUGUUUGGCUCCUCUUCAACCAUUGGUUCUCCAUUCCACACUAUCAUGAUGCAGAUUCUUGAUAGUAAUUUGUCCCAUUAUCCUCAUGCAGCUGUGUUGUUACAAUAUUACGAGGCUAUCCUGAGACAUGAAAAGUUUUUCUCCACCUCUCCAACAUAUAUCCCUAGAGUCAUGGAAUCUCUCCUGGAUCAGCGUGGCCUACGUCACGCUAACCCUGGGGUCUGCUCCCGUGUCUGUUAUCAGCUCCUGAGGUUUGUAAAAGCGGCCAGAGCUCAUAUUGGCGACAUAGCUGUGAAUGUAUUGAGUAAUAUUGAAGCUAUUCUCAAAGAGAAUCAGGAUUCUGUUGCUGGUCAGAUGUCCUUGAGUCCUAAUGAUGUUUUGUUUCUUUAUGAAGCAGCUGGAUAUCUCAUCGUACAUGCAGCACAAUCACCACAAAAUAAAUGUGUAUUAAUGAGAAACCUCUUAGAUCCAUUACUCGCUAAAUUCAAAUAUUACUUGAACCAACUUUAUUUAAUUACUACACCACAAGAGCAAGACCAGAUCUCUCAGCUACUCUAUUACCUACUGUCAUACAUUAGUCGGACCAGUAAAGUGUUUCCUAAUCAUCAAAUGACGGUCCAGAGUGGUUGUGUAGAGUGUUACAUAGAGGUAAGGAAGAUUAUCAGUACUACAGGAGUAUUGGUGAUUCAUUAUUGUUGAUGUAUAUACAUGUAUGCACUU